AUGAGGAGGGAGAACCAGACCAGCGUGUCCGAGUUCCUCCUCCUGGGGCUCCCCAUCUGGCCAGAGCAGCGGGGCGUGGUCUUCGCCCUGUUCCUGGGCGUGUACCUGACCACGGUGCUGGGGAACCUGCUCAUCAUCCUGCUCAUCAGGCUGGACUCUCGCCUCCACACCCCCAUGUACUUCUUCCUCAGCCACUUGGCCCUCACUGAUACUGCUUUCUCAUCUGUCACUGUCCCUAAGAUGCUGAUGGACAUGCAGACUAGGUACAAAUCCAUCCCCUAUGCCGGGUGCAUUUCCCAGACAUACUUUUUCAUACUCUUUGCUGAUUUGGACAGUUUUCUGAUCACUUCGAUGGCCUAUGACAGGUAUGUGGCCGUCUGUCACCCUCUGCGUUAUACCACAAUCAUGAGCUGGGGUGUUUGUGUCCUGCUGGUGGCUGGGUCCUGGGCCGCUGCUUGCAUUUGUGCCCUUUUGCACACCCUCCUCCUAGCCGGGCUGUCGUUCUGUGCUGAGCAUGCCAUCCCCCACUUCUUCUGUGACCUUGCUGCCCUGCUCAAAUUGUCCUGCUCAGACACCUCCCUCAACCAACUGGUAAUCUUCACUGCAGGAUUCACAGCCAUUGUGCUUCCGUUCUUAUGCAUCCUGGUUUCUUACGGCCACAUUGGGGCCACCAUCCUCCGGCUUCCCUCUACCAAAGGCAUCUGCAAAGCCUUGUCCACUUGUGGAUCGCAUCUCUCAGCAGUGGCUCUUUACUAUGGGGCAAUUAUUGGUCUAUAUUUCCUUCCCUCAUCCAACAACACCAAUGACAACAACAUAAUUGCUUCAUUGGUGUAUGCAGUGAUCACUCCCAUGUUGAACCCUUUCAUUUAUAGCCUGAGAAACAAAGACAUGAAAGGGGCCUUGAGAAAACUCUUGAGUAAGAAAACGUAG